CCCGUGUCCUCUUCUCUCCACUCCGCCAGUCAUGGCUCUCCUGUCCGUCCUCACGCCUGUUCUGGCGGUGGUCCUGUGCCUGGUGAUAGGCUUCAUGCUGGUGAAAUCACGGGAGACCACCUCGACUUACCCGGGAAAAGCUGAAGGGAAGCCAAAAGCGGAGUUUAGACCGUGGGUGGACCAGGACUUACAGGACGAAACAGAAAUCACAGCAGACGAGGAUGGUGAUUGGAUGGACAGCAAUGAGGAGGAAGACCUUCAACAUGUGCCCUACUCACCACAACGUUACCCUGAGGAGAUGAUGCUGGAGCGAUCCAAGGAUUUCUACACUCUGUUGAACCAGCGGAGGUCUGUCCGAUUCAUCAGCCCAGAGCCGGUGCCCCGUGAAGUCAUCGAUAAUGUCAUCCGCACUGCAGGUACAGCCCCUAGUGGAGCACACACAGAGCCCUGGACAUUUGUCGUGGUGUCCGACCCAGAGACGAAGCACAAGAUCAGACUGAUAGUGGAAGAAGAAGAGGAGGUCAACUACCGUCAGAGGAUGGGGGAAAAGUGGGUCAGUGAUUUGGCCAGACUAAGGACAAACUGGAUUAAGGAGUACUUGGAUGUUGCUCCUUACCUGGUCCUAAUCUUCAAACAGACCUAUGGGAUUUUACCAAACGGCAAGAAAAAGACACAUUACUACAAUGAAAUCAGCGUCUCCAUAUCCUGUGGAAUCCUGUUGGCUGCAUUACAGAACGUGGGUCUCGUUACCGUCACAACGACGCCGUUAAACUGUGGCCCUCAACUCAGGCUCCUGCUCAAACGGCCAACCAAUGAGAAGCUGUUGAUGUUACUUCCCGUAGGUUAUCCUGCUUCUGACGCCACAGUGCCUGACUUGGAACGCAAGCCUCUGGAUGAUAUUAUGGUGCACAUAUGACAGAAUCAAUCUUCAGAGAAUACAAAACCAAAAAGCAAACACAUUUUUCUUCAUCAUCCUCUUUGCCCGUAGCUGAAAAAUCAACAAAACAUAUAUCAAAUGUGAUUUAGAAAAGUUUUAAUUGAGCUUGGAGUCUUGUAAACCAGAAAAAGCUAUUGUUUAACAAUAAACCUAACAAAACAACUGAGAGCAAAGCACAUCUGCAACCAUGUCCAUGUGUGUAACUCAUCAGAUAGAGAACCUAAAAUGGAUGACAUCAAUCUUGUCAUAGACUAGACUAGACUACAUAAUGUUAAAUCAAUCAGACAAGCAGAGUGUGCAGACAUUUGAAGGUCAACCGCACUGCCUUCAACAAAAACAGAGAACUCUGGAACUAAAUGAGAUCUAGAUGGUUUCCAGCACUGCUGCCAAGAAGAAAAUAUAUUUCCAGUUGUUUGCUUUGGGAUUGCUUGUGUAAUUUGUUUUUGUGACUAAAACUGAGUUUAUUCGAUUGUUACAAAAUGUAAUAUCCUUUUUUGUCUUAUAAUAAUUCUACAUUUUUGUGUAUAAUAUGUGGCAGCUGUGUGCCACUACAUGUUUUAUAGAGAGAGAACAGCUCUUGUUCUGUACUAUUAGUCCAAUGCAUUUCUUAAGUUUUGAAAGAUUUUCUUGGGCGUGGACUGGAGCAGGUCAUGUGACUGAGAAAAUUAACCUGCACCUUCCUAAUGAAAAGUAGCCAUACAGAAGUAGGUAUUGGCAAAGGCGGUCUCUAUAACUUUUCACAACAGCAGAUGGAGGGAAAGAGAAAGUGCGGCAGCGGCAUGACAGAGGCCGGGUCAGAAUUAAACAGAGCUGCUUGUUAUUUUUCAAAUAAAACAUAUCUUUGUUCCGCAAAUUGAGUGUUUAUUAAUAAUCAUUAAUAAUGCAAUAAGUAUAGAGUUUUUCAGAGUUCAGUAAAUGCCCCUUAAAUAAGUUCAAGCAGCAAAAUCUUUUUCUAAACACAAAUGUGGUUUUAACAGGAAAACUGAUUCAUAUUCAACAGUGUUCAUGAAGGGACAUAUAAGUUAAAUUAGAUUUAUUGAAUGAUUAUAUCAAGUAUGAUGUUGUAUACAAGCUAUUCUUCUUUAACUCAUUUCAAGUUAGUUUGAGUGGGGAAUUAUUUUUUUUAUAAUUAUUAGUUGUUUCCCCAUAGAAACUGAUUAUAUACCCAAAAUGAUGUGUUAACAGACUAUUUUCUGCUGUCUUAAGAAGUUCAAAUUUACUGUGUUAACAGGGUAUUUUAUGUUACAGGUGUCUCAAUGGGACUUUUCCUGUUUAAAUAAAGGUUUAUAUGUUAUCUUAAACACCAAA